GUAGAUCAGCAGACUGAAUGUGAGUCCCCUGAUGUCACUUCUGGUUUUGCUAAUGUUGCUCCUGGGUCUGCUGACAUCACCUACGGUUCAAGUGGCUCUGUACCCGCCCCUUCCUGCCAACUCACAAUAUAUCUGCCAUCUUGUUAAUUGUAUUCAGUUUUGUUUUGAACUUUGUUUGUAAAGACUGUUAUUUUCAACGUGCUUACCAAGUAUACGGGGUAGCUACCCCAAAUCUUUAUCUGUGCUUUUUGUGUUAAUUUCACAAUGACGUAGUUGGCAGGAUUUUGCUGGAAAAUUACUAAACAGCAAGACAUUUCUACCAUUAUUAUCAACAUGGCAGCAGAGAUCCAGUCCUUGUGGUUCCAGAUCAAUGAACAGAGGACACAGCUCACCGAGAAUGAGCCCCUGCUGUGGGUAAAACAAAUCCCCAGGAGAAGUUACUGAAAAACCUGCAUGUGUAUUGCAGGGCUCAUCUCUGAACUGUGUACCUCAUGCAUUCCCUUGAUUUCAUCCCUUUUAGAUGCUCCAUACAACAUGGCAGCCACUACAAGCCAGGAUUUUUAUCCUAACAGCACCUUCAAACCUGAGACUAAGGAUGGCAGAUUAAAUUAUGCCCUGCUUGGCCUGAUCCUUGGUUCUGUCGCUUUGCUAACAAUUGUCAUGAAUAUCCUGGUGCUUUAUGCUGUCAAGAAGGAGAGGACCCUGCAUACUGUAGGCAACCUAUACAUUGUCAGUCUGUCUGUUGCAGAUCUAAUGGUAGGUGCCACAGUUAUGCCUCUAAACAUUGUCUACCUACUGGAAAAAGAGUGGAGGCUUGGGCAGCCACUAUGUCAGUUCUGGCUAGUGAUGGACUAUGUGGCCAGCACAGCCUCAAUUUUCAGCCUUUUCAUCUUGUGCAUAGACCGAUAUCGGUCAGUGCGGUACCCUCUCAGAUACUUAAAAUAUCGCACCCGAGCCAGAGCAAGUGCCAUGAUUUCAACAGCCUGGCUGAUCUCAAUGACCUGGAUGAUUCCUAUCUUGGGUUGGCGCACCUUUGCAAAUGUAGAGCUAGCUCCUGAAAGGGAGCUAAAAUGUGACACAGACUUUAGAUUUGUUACCUGGUUUAAGGUGCUCACGGCUGUGCUAAACUUCUAUGUGCCUUCACUAAUGAUGUUGUGGUUCUAUGCUCAGAUAUAUUUGGCAGUGAGAAAGCAUUUCAAGCAGAGAGAGAACAUCAGUGAAACUGGCUUUAAAAUGCUUCCUUGGCAAAAACACAAGUGUAAGGAGAGACCAGCUCCAGAUUUGCUGGAAAAAUAUAGUCUGGAGCAGUUCUUGUAUACCAGGACACUGGAUGAGGACCUUUUGCAGCAGACACAAGAGAACAACAAGGAGAUGACUUACCACCAGAGCCCCCAAGCUGGGUCAGCUUCUGAGCUGGGUGAGCCAGAGGAAGGUGGUAAUGAUGAGGGCAUCCUGAAGCAGGGUGAGAUGGAUAAUGGUGUGCCCUGUCUACAAGCCAAUGGAAAGAAUAUAAAGCAAUCUUGGCAGAGAUUUUGCUCAAGUUCCAAGCAGUACCUGCAGAGCUUACAUAUGCGCAAGGAGCGGAAAGCUGCCAAGCAGCUUGGCUUCAUCAUGGCUGGCUUCAUGCUGUGCUGGAUUCCUUAUUUUGUCACCUUUAUGGUAAUGGCCUUUUGUAAGACAUGCGUUCACCAUGACCUACACAUGUUCACCAUUUGGCUUGGAUACAUCAAUUCAACAUUAAAUCCAUUUAUCUAUCCUCUUUGCAAUGAAAAUUUCAAAAGAACUUUUAAAAGUGUCCUUCACCUUCCAUUCUAAGAACACUGUGCUUAUUUUAACUUUAGCAGAGAUCAAGUUGACUGUGUGUGCAUGUUACUCAGGAAGAUGCUUUUUCAUUUGUAUGAGUAUGUCAUUUUGGCAUAUGCCAUUAUUGCCAUGUUUUUCUUUGAAUGUAAAACUGCAGAGAA